AUGGAAAUCUCCCAGCACGCCACCUACACCUGCACGUUCUGCGGAAAGCCUACCGUCAAGCGCCACUCCACCGGUAUCUGGAACUGCAAGGGCUGCAAGAAGACCGUUGCUGGCGGUGCCUACACUGUUUCCACCCCCGCUGCCGCUGCCAUGCGCUCUACUCUCCGUCGCCUGAGGGAGAUUGCUGAGGUUUAA